CGUUGCAGGCGCCUACGUGAGGACGUCUUUACACAAGCUCUCCACAGCGGUAUCCAGACACUAAGUGCUCCGCCGUUCUCACCCAGGAAACCUCAUCUUAUCGUAUGUCCGCUAUCCAGAACCUCAAUUCCUUCGACCCCUUUGCUGAUGCAAGUAAGGGUAAUGCGGGUACAGAAGAUUCCAUUCAUAUAAGGAUCCAGCAAAGAAACGGCAGGAAGACCCUCACAACUGUCCAGGGCAUCUCUGAUGAGUACGACAAGAAGAAACUAGUCAAAGCCUUUAAGAAGAAAUUUGCCUGCAAUGGUACCGUUGUUGACCAUCCAGAAUACGGAGAGGUGAUCCAGCUUCAGGGUGACCAGCGCAAGAAUGCCUGUCAGUUCCUUGUGGAGGUUGGCCUUGUUAAAGAUGACCAGCUGAAGGUCCAUGGGUUUUAAUGUUUCAACUUCAGUGAAAGACUUGCAUUAACAAUGAGUAGAGGUCUCCACGUUUCUCCCUUGUCAUAAGUUUAAGGCUUGUGGCAUUCUAUUGAAUGGACUAAUAAACUUGGUAACCUGUACAGUUUUGGUGUGCUCCCUUGGUGGCUACAUGAGGUAUACGAUAGGCUGGCUGCACACAACUCCCUUGUCAUGGUUAAAAGGGGAUUUACAGUAGUAAAAAAUAGCAGUCUAACAUUAACCUGAUAAGUCACUCAUUUUGGUAGAAGUGAUAUUUCUACAUGGCAAAAUUUAGUUAGUUAUGAAACAGACCUGACAAUUAGGAGUAAUUCUGAGUAAUUGAAUCAUUAAUAGAAAGCGGUCUGCUCAAAAUUGACUAACUUCACCAAUUUAACUUAAUUUGGUUAAUUUUGGCCAUUUAAGGUGGGAGGGUGGCAAAUGUUACACAUGUUGGCUAUAGUGCAUUUCCUUCUGGUACUGUGAAAAAUGGGUCGUUCCAGACAUUGUACUGAUGAAGAACGUACUCUGAUUAAAAAGCUGAUUGGAGAGGGGAAAAAAUAUAUAGAUGUGCAGCAGGUUAUGGGCUGCUCAGCUAAAAUGAUCUCCAAUGCCUUGAAGUGGCAACCAAAAUCUGAAAAACGUGGAAGGAAGCGGGGAACGACUGUUCGGAUGGAUCGAAAAAUAGCCAGAAUGGCAAAGACUCAGCCAAUGGUCACCUCCAGAAAGAUCAAAGUUGAUCUGAAGUUACCAGUUAGUACGGCUACAAUCAGAAGACGAUUAAGUGAAGCCAGGUUACCAGCAAGCCCUUCCCACAA